AUGACAGAAUUGGAGGAGAAAUCGCUUCUUCAAUAUAUAUUGGAUAUGGAUGAAAGAGGGUUUAGUCCUCGAAUAAAUGAUGUAGAAGAUAUGGCGAAUUAUAUACUCAAAACGCGGGGUGCGAAGAAGAUUGGAAAGCUCUGGGCUCAUCGUUUUGUGAAACGACAUACAGAAUUAAAGACACGUUUUAAUCGUGUUUAUAACUUUCAAAGAGCUCUCUGCGAAGAUUCAGAGCUUAUUGAAAGAUGGUUUCGAUUGGUAUCGAAUAUGCAGGCCAAAUAUGGUAUUCUGGACUGCGAUUUCUACAACUUCGAUGAGACAGGCUUUAUGAUGGGACAAAUAUCACCAUAUAUAGUAGUUACUAAAGUUGAUCGAUAUGGAAAAAGCAAAGCUAUACAAUCAGGCAAUCGAGAAUAG